AUGCCGGAAGAAGAGGGAGCAUUCCAGGCCAGGGGCUCAGCCGUGUCAUUGGAAGAUGAUGACCCCAAGGUCGCCAGGAAGUCUGUGCUGUUCGGAAUGAUGCCGGAUACGUUGUCAUUCAAUCCAGAGGCGAUGAAUAGUGAUGUAAAACAUCAAAUCAUGAAAGAAAUUCGACAGUUUGGACGAAAAUAUGAAAAAAUCUUCAAAUUGCUUGAAGGAAUUCAAGGACCUCCAAAAGCGAGGAGACAGUUUGUUGAAUUUGCCAUCAAGGAAGCAGCAAGAUUUAAAAGACGAGACUUAAUUAAGCACCUUGAGAAGAUACUCGACAAAAUAGAAUCUGACAAAUUUCUCAGCAAAGAUAAGCAUAGCCCAAACCUAUAAUCCUGUUAUCUCAACAAUCAAAAAAUAAGAACCAGAUUGCUGUCUUCUAGAACGGAAUGGGAUAUUGCUAAAGCCUCCUAGCAUGUGUUAGUUAAGAGAAUUGCCUUCCAGAGGCUAAGAAA